AUGGCGCAGUUCCAGGCAGUGAAGGAGAUCCUGCUGGCAGGGGAUGCGAAUCGCCUGGUGGCGGAGCUGACCUUCGUCAGAAUUAAUGAUCUGGCUGCUCCUCCAGAUGAAGUGGAUAUCUUGGCGUACUUGGAGCCGUUUGUGCUCAUUACCAUUCUGGCCAAUGGCAUCAUGAUCGGCAUUCAGAGCGAUCCUGACUAUGCUGACUGGCCUGGUUGGCAAUUUUUCGAGAUUGGCUUUGCAGCCGUCUUGCUGUUCGAGUGUUGCAUCCGCUACUACAUGAGUGGCUGCCAGAAAUAUUGCAAAGGAGCUGAGAGGUGGUGGAACAGAUUAGAUAUAAUCUUUCUCAUCAUGGCCAUUGUGGAUUUAUUGCUGGAAAGUCUUGGGGAAGAAAACUCAACCAUGUUCAUUGCCCUCCUGCUGCGCUUCGCUCGUCUGGUGCGGCUUACGCGCAUCAUGAAGGUUUUCAGAUUGCACUGGAUGAAGGAGCUCCGCCUCAUGCUGAAAGGUCUGGUGGGCGGCUUCCGCACACUGGUCACUGCAUUCCUUCUGCUCUUCUCUGUGCUCUACGUCAUAGCAGGUUUGGCCACCUACACGCUGGGCCGAGAUGAGCGCAUUAUAGUCAUGGGCUAUUACGACCUUUUCUACAACCUGCCAGCGUCGAUGUUCACCACAUUUCGCUGCCUCUCCGGUCAGUGCGAAUCAGACGAAGGUGCUCCGCUGGCCUCUGUGCUGUUCAAGGAGUUUGGUCUGCCCUUUGUGCUCGCCUACAUCCUCAGCUACAUGCUGGUCACCAUGGGCAUCUUCAAUGUCAUAUUGGCUGUCUACGUGGACAUUACCAUGCGCGCUGCGAAGGAGAAUGAGGCAACGACUGCCGAGCAGCACUCCAGAGAAUCCGUGCGAGUCGCCCGCACCGCCAGAGAGUUGCUCAAGAAGUUCGCGGCGGCUCACAAGCUGUUCCGCGGUCAGGACCUCGACGACAUGAGCAACGCUGGGACAGCCAUUGACUUGACCCCAGCCUCCGGGUACUUCACCGACCAGGUGAUGCGUGGCGAGAUCGCGAUCACGAAGGCGGUCUUCCUCCUUGUCAUCCAAGAUCGCCAGGUUCAGGAGCUGAUGGAUGACUUGGAUCUGCCUCCAGAUCGAGCAAACCUCUUUGAGGUCAUUGAUGCCGACGGCAGCGGCACACUGCAUGUGACCGAGCUUGUGCAAGGACUUCUGAAGGUCCGCGGGGAGCUGAAGAAGUCCGACGCCGUCGCCGCGCUGCUGGCCACCCAGGCCUUGCAGUCCAUGGUGGCCGAGUUGAAGGAGGAGCAAGUGAGGCUUACAGCGGCUGUUACGACUGUUACGAAAAUGAGAGAGCGGAAGUGA